AUGGAGGACGAUUGGGAUCUCUACGCUGUAGUCAGAGGCUGCACCACCACCACCUCCGCCGCCACAACCUCCUCCGCCACCACCGUCUCCGCCGCCAGUACCGCCGUCUCCUCUGUAUCUUCCUCUGUUUUUGGGACUUUUUACCAGCCUUCAGCUUCCUGCAGCAUCUUCUCUAUUUUUCCUAAUGAACAAGGAGACCAAGUUUUACCCCUUUCAAAAUCAAACCCUUUUGAAGCAACUAGUUCCAUUGAAGAAUUGAAUGAUCUUUGCAAGCCUUUCUUCCUCAAAUCACAGCCUCCUUCAUUGAAAUCCUCUUCUUCACUUACUUCUUUCUCUUUUUCAUCUGCUCCCAAAUCACCUCAGAAGCAGCAAAAACAACAUCAGACUAGUAAGCAGCCUCACCAUGCUGGUUCUGCCACCGCCCCACGACCUAAAAGAAGGAAGAAUCAGCUUAAGCAAGUUUGUGAAGUGCCAGCUGAGAAUCUUUCUUCAGACAUAUGGGCAUGGAGGAAAUAUGGUCAGAAACCAAUUAAAGGGUCACCAUAUCCUAGGGGAUACUAUAGAUGUAGCAGUUCAAAAGGGUGCUUAGCUAGGAAACAAGUGGAGAGGAACAAAACCGACCCAGCAAUGUUCAUAGUGACCUACACAGGAGAACAUAGCCACCCUGCUCCUUCUCAUCGAAACUCUCUUGCUGGGUCCACACGCCAGAAGCCACUGAUUCCUAAUCAAACAGCUACUGCAGCCACCUCAGACUCUGGCAAAUCACUGACAAAACCGGUUUCUCCAACCACCUCAGAAGAGGUUGCAAAGUCAGAGAGCAUAGAGGAUAUGGAAAGUUUGAUGGAUGAUGAUGAUGAUGAGGAAGAAAAUGAAUUUGGGUUAUCAUCAGAUACGAUGCUAACAGAUGAUUUCUUUGAAGGUUUAGAUGAACUAACAGGGUCUGGUGAUUGCUUUGCCGAACCUUUUUCAGAUAGUGUUGCUCUUCCUUCUUGUAUGCCCAAUAAUGCUGCCACUGCAGCUGGUGGUAGCUGACUCAUUUGUUUCAAUGCUUUCCAUUACAGAGAAUAGCAACUUUUUCUUUUCUUUUUUUUUCUUUUUUUUCUUUUUGGGGUGUAGGAACUAGUGCAUUUUGGAGGAAUCGUAACAAACAAAGUAUAGUAAUAUGGUAGAUUAGGCAGUUUUAUCUUUGUUUUAGUGAUUGUUAGU